AUGUCCUCGUCUCCAUCGAAACCCAUCGAGCUACCAUUGAGCUCAAGACAUACUCCAGCCUCGACUAUCCUGACUCCCGAAUUUGACAGCGACGACUCACCCGUUGCACGGACCCGUACGUCCCGCGAAAUCGAGUCGGAGGGGGUCGAGCUGCGAAAACUGCACCACGCUCCGCCGCAGGACAAACACACAGGGUCAGAAGAUGGGUUCUCGGAAAACGACAGCGAUGCCGCCGAGGAGGAUGAGAGAUAUGUUAAACGGCGCCUCCGCAGGAGCGCAACACACUCCAAAGACUACACAGACGCGGAAGAAGCCGCUCUGGUGCGCAAGCUGGACCGCAGAUUGGUCGUCUUCUUGGGCUUCCUCUACAUGUUGAGCUUUCUCGACCGCUCCAACAUUGGGAAUGCCCGAAUCGCGGGGCUGGAAAAGGACCUCGCUCUCUCGUCUGCCCAGUACGAUUGGCUCCUCACGGCUUUUUAUAUUACCUACAUUGGCUUUGAGUGGAUGAUUUUGCUAUACCGAAUCCUCCCAGCUCAUAUAUACAUACCCCUGUGUGUGUUGUCGUGGGGCCUCGUUGCGAGUCUCCAAAGCCUAACCACGUCGUUCGGCCAAUUGCUCCUCCUGCGCGGCGUCUUGGGUAUUACUGAAGCCGCUUUUGGCCCCGGGGUCCCCUUCUACAUGACAUACUUCUACAAGCGCUCCGAACUGGCCUAUAGAGUUGGGCUGCAAAUAUCCGCUGCACCAUUGGCGACCAGCUUUGCCGGCUCCCUGGCAUGGGUGAUUGUCAAGCUAAGCCAGAAUGGACCCAUUGCUCCCUGGAGAGCGUUGUUCUUGGUGGAAGGGUUUCCUUCAAUCAUCACGGCCGUGGUUGCAUGGUAUUGGAUUCCGGACUCGCCGUCGAAGGCUCGGUAUUUGACGGCCCGGGAGAGAAAGGUUGCAGUGAUGAGACUCCGGGCGGAAGAAAGCCAUAAUUCUCAUUCGCGCGAUUCCUCUCACGCAUCGAGCGUGACGUCGUUCGCCCAACGGCUCAACGUCAAAGAAAUCCUCACUACAAUCCGCGAUCCGAAAUCGUACCUCACAGCCCUCAUGUUCCUCAGCGUAAACGUCUCAUUCAGCUCCCUCCCCGUCUUCCUCCCCACUAUUAUAAACAGUAUGUCCUUCUCGCCUCUAGCCUCCCAGGCUCUCGCCGCUCCACCGUACCUAUUCGCCUUCUUCUUCGUGCUCGUGGUGGGUCGGUACAGCGAUAAAGUCCCCGACUCGAGAUCCUUGUUCCUCAUGGGUGUUGCUUUACUCGGCGCCAUAUCAUAUGCUGGGAUCGCCAUCGCCGGAUAUUUACACGAGUCCCUGGGAGACGCCGGGAGUAUAACUAUCCGCUACGUCGCCGUCUACGGAGCGGCGAUGGGACUGUUCUCGUCGGUGACACUCAUCAUCACGUGGACCCUGAACAACCAAGCCACGGCGACGGGGAAAGGCACUGGCUUGACCAUCUUGAAUGUCAUAGGCCAAUGCGGCCCGCUGAUCGGAGUGCAUUUGUUCCCCAGGAGCCAGGGGCCCUUGUAUAUUCAAGGGAUGGCCGUUUGUGCCGGGUUCAUGGCCUUCGGGGUCGCCGGCCUAGCCGGUGUCUUGAGAUUGGUCUUGUGGCGUGCGAACAAGAGGAAUGGGUUUGAGAACAAGGAGCCCGGGCCGGGCGGGGAGUAUGAAUUGGUGGGCAAAGAGGACGAAGAUGGGGAAGGGGGAAGAGCAGCAGGAGGUGGUGAUGAAGAUGCCGAAGAGACUUUGAUUGGCGGGGUGAGGAAGAUUGGAGCUGAGAGCUCAGGAUUUAGGUAUAUGCUCUGA